CGUCCAAUAAUAAUUUCAUAAAAACCAGUAUAAUAAAAAAGGUUUUCUGAAAGAAAAAUUUUCCAAUCAAUUGCAAAAAGAUUUCCACAACACGUGAGACAGUGGAAAAAGUGAUUUUUGUAUUAACGGAUCAAGCAGUAAAGUGCAAUGACAUGGUCAAGUGAAUCACGGAAUGGAACAUGUGCAGCUAUCGGUUAAAUCAAGGGCCAUAUGGAAAGCCCAAGAGCUGCAAGUGAUAUCCUUUUAACAUCAAAGUGUUUGUUUGUUAGUGUUUGUGCCUCCUCAUGGUCGAUUUAAUGGCCAUUUUGGAUUAUCAUAACCAAAGUGUAGAUCAAACUUUAUAUAAAACGAAAGUAAUGCAACAAGAUGCCCCCACACCAACCAAUACAGAGACUAAAGAACUGGAAACGAAGGCGACGCCGACGGCAACGGCGACCAGGACAAUGAAUCAGCGCCGAAAGUGCCGAAGAAAACGAAGUAGCAGCACCAGCAGCAGUUCGUCCAGUGAUUCUAGUUCUAGUGAAACAACAAAAGAUUCCUCAAGUGAGGAAAAUUCUAGUGCCGUUGACAAUGCCGAUACAUCGUCCACUUUAAGUGACCGAGAGUCCGCACCUGCGCCCGUAUUACCUGUAGAUCCUCAUGCCUGGUCUACUGAGGAUAUAGCCCAAUGGGUGAAGUGGUUAACAAACAAAUGUGAAAUUGAUCCGGAGCCAGAUAUACAACGUUUUCCCAAAACUGGCGCGGAGCUUUGUGAAUUGAGUCGUGCGGAUUUCUGGGUCUGUGCUGGAUCCCGGCGUGGUGGAAUUUUGUUGGCAAAACAUUUUGCCUAUAGCCUGUAUCAGGCGACUGGACGGGAAACCAGUCCCAUGCUCGAUGAGAAGGAGCCAAAUCCCUAUCAACUUUUAAACGCUGCCUCGCACCGAUUGGUCGCGCAGGGCUCCGGCGGGCAAAUACAAUUGUGGCAAUUUCUGUUGGAGCUGCUCGCUGAUUCGUCGAAUUCAACUUGCAUUAGCUGGGAGGGCCAAUCGGGUGAAUUUCGCCUCAUCGACCCGGACGAGGUGGCGAAGCGUUGGGGUGAACGCAAAGCGAAACCCAACAUGAACUACGAUAAAUUGAGCAGAGCCCUACGGUAUUACUAUGAUAAGAAUAUUAUGACCAAGGUCCAUGGCAAGAGAUAUGCCUACAAAUUUGAUUUCCAUGGUCUGAUGGCCGCUUGCCAGGCUCAGGCUCAGGGCUGUGAUCCAACCAAUACCUUACCACUUAGUUCCUACAAUCACCAUGCGCAUUCGCAUUCUCAUCCACAUUCGCAUGCCGCCUAUGCAGCGGCUGCCUAUCUUCCGCAUCCAACUACAAGUAGUUCGAGUCUUGGAUUUCCAUCGCCCACAAUGACAGUGGGCUCCUCGUCAUCGCUUCCCUCACCUUCAAACGGUGGUGGCAAUCCUUCAGGAUCUUCAUCAACGUCCACAGCAUUUGCCAAUGGUCCAGGAUACAAUGGAGCAGAACAACAGCCGCAGCAGCAACAGCAACAGCAUCGGACACCCACUAAUGAUGCAUUUAAUUGAAUUACUUGUUUGGGUUCCACCCAACUAGAAAGCAACCCCAAUUUGUUCUCCGGACCACCCAUUGCGCAUACUCCACGUCCGAGAGAGACAACCCAUCCGGGUUGCCCAUAAAAAGGCCAUUGGGCAUAAUUCUUUGGGUUAAUUGGGGUUCAAACACAUACACACAUAGUUCAGUGAUAAACACAGAGCAAUAUGAAAGGAAUUUGUUACAUCAUCUGUUAU